GAGGAGCAAGGAGGAAGGAGGAGGAGAUGGAUCUGUCGCCGCCGCCGCUGCUGCUGCCGCCGCCGCCGCUGCUGCUGCCGCUGCCGCCGCCGCUGCUGCUGCUGCUGCUGCUGCUGGGCGCAGGCGGGCUGUUCGGCCACGGGGGGCAGCCCCUCGGGCCGGAUCCGCUCCUGCAGCAGCCCUACGACCUGCUGUACGCCAGCGGGCUGCGGGAGUACCAGCGGGGCCGCUGGGCGGAGGCCGCCCGGUGGCUGGAGCGCUCGCUGCUCGGCCACUCGGCCCUGCGCCGCCUGCGGGCCCGCUGCCGGGCUCGGUGCGCCCGCGGCCCCGCCCCGCCGCCGGACCCGCCGCCGGCCCCGCCCCGCCGCUGGGCCCGCCGCCUGCUGGAGCGGGCCGGCUGCCUGCGGCACUGCCUGGGGCUGGCGCUGGGGCUGGGCGGCGGCAGCCGCCACCGGGUGGACGGCGCGCUGCAGGCGGACUUCGCCAGGCGGGCCGCCUACAACUACCUCCAGCUGGCCUACUACAGGCUGAAGCAGUUGGAUAAAGCAGCAGCUGCAGCUCAGACCUUCUUCGAGGCGAAUCCGGAUCAUCAGGAGAUGCAGGAGAACAUGGAGAUUUACCGCAAGAUGGAGGGAGUGACAGAGGAAGAUUUCGUAGACCUGGAGGCCCAGCCACACUGGGUGGCCUACGAGGAGGGGUUGGGUCUCUACGAGACGGAGAGGUUUGCGGAGUCCAUCCCCCACCUGGAGGCGGCUGUGCGGGGUUACCUGGUGGAGCUGGAAGAGUGUCGAGCCCAGUGCGAGGGUCCCUACAACGCCUCGGACUACACCUACCGGGACUACCAGAGCCACCUGUACGAGGCGAUCAGCAGUCACUACGUCCAGGUGCUGAGCUGCUACCAGAGCUGCGUGGGGGAGCUAGCGACCAAACCAGGCCGGGCCGUGGCGCUGGAGAACUUCCUGCCCUCCCACUUCUACCUGCUGCAGGCCGCGUACUACAAAGUUGGGGAUUACGCGAAAGCGGUGGAGUGUUCCAGAACCUUCCUCCUCUUCCUGCCCGAGGAUGGGACCAUGCUCCAGAACCUGGCCUUUUACCGGUCAAAGCUCCCGGUGGAUCGGGCGGCCGAGAUCCUGCCCAGAGAGGAUAUUAAAGAUUAUAUCGAGCAGUCGCUCUUGCAGAAGCAGAUGUUGUACUUCAUUAUGGAAACACAGGGAGUUCCUUUCACUGACCCGGAUUCCUGGACUCCGGCCGGAAUAGUCCCAGAGGUGAUUCGAGACAAGCUCAAGGCCAAGAGUCUGGAGCAUCUGAAGGUUUCACCAGAAGCAACGAACAAGAAGAAGACGCAAAGCCCCAAAGUGGAAGACGCCAUCCAGAUUCUGAAAGCCUCCUCCUCGCACUUUGCCAACCUGCAGCUGGUGUUGGAUUUGAAGGCGUUGACUGGUUCCCAGCGAGUGAUCCUCGAUGGUGCCCUCACCCCCAUGGAGUGUGCAGCCCUCCGCAGCUUCGCCAACGCUGCAGCCGACGUGGGAGACUCUCGGAGCGGGCACACCUCGGCGCUCACCAUCCGGAAAUCCCUGGAGCUGGCCCUCCAGGGUGCCCUCAGCCGACAGGAUGCGCAUCUCUACCACCAGGUGAGCGAGCGGGCACGCACCAUCGCCCAGGCCUACUUCCGGUCCGAGCCUCCUCUCCACCCCUCCUCCUCCCACCUGCACUGCCGCAGCCCACCACCAGCCACAGGCGACCGGGAGAGAGGUGAGGGACCGAGCGCACCGGUUCCGGGAGGUGAAUGUCUCCGAGAUCCCGAGGACACCGCGUGUUGGAGGGAGUCGGAAGCAGAGGCGGACGGAGAGACCAGUUACAGAGUGUUCCUCUAUCUCAAUGACGAGUUUGAGGGAGGAGAGUUUUACAUCAUGGAUCGCGAUGGAGAAAAAAUUUCGAGGGAAAUUUCCCCUAAGUGUGGCCGGUUUCUCUCCUUCCUCUCCGGCAGUGGGAAUCCCUAUGGAGUUAAGCCUGUGACCAGUGGACAGCGCUGUGCAAUCGCCCUGCACUUCACUCAGCAGCAUGAACACAACGAGGAGGAACGUGUCGGGGUCGCCCGAUUGCUGGAGCAGCUCUACCCUCCAGUGCUCCCGGCCGUUCAGCCAAGGCAGGCUUCACACCCCCAGGACCACAAGGCCGCCGCCGAGGGCAGCCUGGCGCCGGAUGCCGGACGUCAGGGGGAGCUGGGCCUGCCCCCGAAGGGGAAGCAGAAGAAGCAGAAGACGAAGAAGAAGAAGACAGGGCGAGCAGCGGACAGGGCGAGCGGGAGCAUAGGCAAGGACGAGCUCUGAGUCUGCUGUGGGGGGGGUGGUGGC